AACUUGGAGCACUGUUUAGUGUUUUCCCCUCAUUUAUGGGAACGGGUACGAUAUUUCCAUCCUCACUAACAGUAUCGUCAUUACGUUAAUGGGUUGACAUCGCAGCGACAAUUCAUUAGACUUAACUAAAUCUAAAUGCUCAUAAAUUUAAGUAAAUCUCUUUUAGAUAUUUCAACAAACAGUUUAUGUGCUUUAUAAAUAAAUAGCCUCUUGCUUACUCUCCCCACACAUAAUUUCAAUGGCCACACAAGAAGAGUCCUUGACUUUAGAACUUAUCCGAGAACACCUUCUUGGGGACUUGACUUCUUCCUCCAUUGAUGUUUUCCUCAGCAAUCUCGACUUCACUAUCUCAGAUAUGCGUGAGAACUGCUUAUCAGAAUCUGAGUCCAGCUCACCCAGUUCAUACCCAGAACCCCAUAUCCUUGGAAAUUGCAGUUUCAAAGUGAAACCGGAAGUCAUCGAUUUGACAGAACCUGUUGGUUCAGUUAACCCGGUCAGCCCGCCACCAGAGUUGGAUCGGAAGGUGAUUGGUGAUCAAGAGGAGGGCAAGCACUACAGAGGGGUCCGAAGAAGGCCAUGGGGCAAGUUUGCGGCAGAGAUCCGAGACCCGAGCAAGAAAAGCAGUCGGGUAUGGCUGGGGACUUUUGAUAGCGACGUCGAUGCUGCGAGGGCUUAUGAUUGUGCAGCAUUCAGAAUGAGGGGUCGAAAAGCAAUUCUCAAUUUUCCAUCGGAAGCAGGAAAAUCUGCUCCGCCGUCGAAUACUGGUAGGAAGAGGAGGAGAGAGAAGAAAGUGGAUUCGCCGGGAACUGAGGAAUUGUCGUCGGAGGACAGGAUCGUGAGGUGGGAGGGAAAGGUAUAAGCUGGUGUGCUGGAGGAGAAUCAACGGCUAAAAUCGAUUUUGAUGACGUGUGAAUAAGUUAGGGAAGGAAAGAAUAUGAGGCACACUGCAGAAUCAUCGUGGACCACGUGUGUUAGAAGAUAGAACAUCCGGACUGUGAUGCUAUGUAUGUAUGUAUGUAUGCAUGUAUGUAUAUUAUGUAUAUGGAAGAGUGAAGAAAGAGAUCUUUUGUAACGUAUGCAAUGUUAUCCGUGUUAUCAGGUGGUGUAAAUGUCAAAAGUUUAUAAAAAUGAACUUUCCAACAAGCAUUUAGCAUUACUAUGA